AUGGCGGCCUCAGGGUGGUGGCCGCUGGUCACUGUGCUCAUGGCUGCAACUCCUCUUCUGGCCCAAGGAGACUCAGAGCUCACGAACCCUGGCCCCAAAGACAGCCCUCCCAGGCCGGCCCUGCCCUGCCACAGCAUCUCCGUGAGCAACAUCGACUUUGCCUUCGGCCUGUACAGACGGCUGGCGCUGGGCGCCCCUGGAGAGAGCAUCCUCUUCUCCCCGGCGAGCAUCUCCCUGGCCUUGGCCACAGUUUCCCUCGGGGCCCCGGCGGCCAGCAGGACCCAGCUCCUGGAGGGCUUGGGGUUCAACCUCACCGUGACGUCCGAGGCCAAGAUCCAGGGGGGCUUCCAGGAUCUGCCGCUUAGGCUCCCCACGCGGGGGUCCCACCUGCUCCUGACCACAGGCCAGAGAAGCUUCCGCAGCCUGGGCCCCGGAGCCACCCAGAAACACAUCAAGGAGUAUGUGGAGGAGCAGACCCAGGGGAGACUUGGGGCCUGGGUGGAGGACCUCCGGGAGGAAGCUGCUGAGGUUCUGGUGAAUCACGUGGCUCUCAGAGCUGAGUGGGCACAGCCCUUCGACCCCGGGGCCACCAGCCUGAAGGCGUUCUUCCUGGACGAGCGCAGGGCUGUGCAGGUCCCCAUGGUGAAGCAGAAGGCCAGCCACCGCUUCCCCCACGACCCCGAGCUGCAGUGCACCGUGCUGCAGAUGGACCACGCGGGGAACGCCACCACCUUCUUCGUCUUCCCCAACCGGGGCAAGCUGGGGCAGGUGGAGGAGGCGCUGCUGCCCGAGACGCUGAUCAAGUGGGACAGUCUGCUCAGGACCAGAGAACUCGACUUCUACUUCCCCAAAUUUUCCAUUUCCAGCACCACCAGACUAGAGACGCUCCUCCCACGAGUGCCUGUGGGCGGAGGCCUCCCGGGGCAGCCUGGACGGGGCAUCUCUAGGGACCAUGGCUUCGCCGCCCCCGUUCCACACCACUGCAACCCCCUGUGCCAAGAUGCCGGGCUCUCUCUGGAGCUGGCUCAGGUGACUCAUAAGGCCACCAUGACUCUGGAGGAGGAGGGCUCAGAGGCUGCGGCCGCCACCAGCAUCCAGCUCACUCCCAGGCCCCACCCUGACCGUGAGCCCCCCACCCCUCCAGCCACUGGGUUCAGCCGGCCCUUCCUGGUGAUGACUUUCCACACAGAAACGGGCAGCGUGCUUUUCCUGGGGAAGGUGGUGAACCCGCUGGGGUAGAGCUCUGCACCUGCUGGGUGACUCGGAGCCAACAGAGAGGAGACACUGACUGGGACACGGAGUC